UUAAAAACGAAGGUACCAAAGGUCUAAAACACAUCAAAUUUUAGAUUGCAUAUACCGAAACCUGGCGAUCGCUGUGGAAGGACCCGCGGCCGCUGCGCAAUCGGUUCUGAAUCUAUCUUCACUACUUGAUCUUUGAAGCUUCGCAAUUGAAACUGAAGGGAACAAAGUUUUGGAGUCUAAAGAUUCAUUCUUUGAUGGGUGGGAUUAGUGUGAUUUAUGAUUCCAGGUUUCGACAAAAGAAGUGUGCUGCUAAGAGAAUUGACACUUAUAAUAAAAAUUGUAUAAAUCGCCUUCCAGAUGACAUUCUCAUUGUGAUAUUAUCUUCCCUUCCGCUGAAGGAAGCUGCCCGCACGAGUGUUCUGUCAGUUCGCUGGAAGAACUUGUGGAAACAAACAUCCUGCCUCAAUUUUGAUGCCAGCAGUACAUUGGACAAGAUUGCACAAGAUAACAAGCUUCGCAGUGAGGAGAGGCACAAGUACGUGAGAUGGGUGAACUCAGUCCUGAAAUCUACACCCCGCAAAGGGGCGCUCUCCUUGGAACACUUCAGGGUCUGUUUUGAUGUAGGAAAAGCAUUCUCCGGGACCAUUACGAAGUGGCUGAAAUUUGCUUUUAAGAGGCGGGUUGAGAGAUUGGAGUUGGACCUCCUGGAAUAUGGCGAUUAUGAAUCAUCGAAACCAUAUGUCUUCCCGGAAGACAUUUUGUUUCUAAACAUCCCUCAACAAACUACUACACUUUUCAACUUCAAUUCCCUGAAAGCGCUGUGUUUGAAGAAUGUUUCGAUCAGUCAAGAAGCUAUUGAGUUUUUCUUGCGCAGCUGCCCAUCACUGGAGCAAUUAGUUCUUCAAUACAUAGAGCACUUAUCAAAUCUUGAAGUUUGUGGUCCAUCCCUUGCGUUGAAAAGUUUGGACACAAGGUAUAGCUAUGAUUUGGGAUCCAUUAAGGUAUCUGCACCAAAGCUUACUUCACUUGCAGUUUCGACACUAAAAGGACUCGUGCUCGAGAAUGUUCCGAUGCUUGUAGAUUUAGAUAUUCUCUGCUGGAAAAUUAAAACGCCAUUAGAAGUUCCUACACUAAGGUGUUGCUUUUCUCAAUUGGAGAUUCUUACACUGCGGCUGCCAAUGCAUAAGCCACAUGAUAUUCCGUGGUCCAACUUUCCUGAGAUGCUUGAGUUGAAGAAGCUGACUUUGCAUUUCGUAGCAAAUCUUGAUGAAAGUCUUCUUGGACUAACGACAUUCAUUAGGAUAUCUCCUUACCUAGAAGAAUUUGUGUUCCUGAUUAAAUGGCCCGUGAUAACUUCAUGGGGUAUCAGAUAUCUGAAGAAGGGGACACCAUUUCUACACCAACACAUUAAGGUGUUCAAGUAUUUAGGCUAUUAUGGCCACUGCAGUGAUUUGGAAUUAGUGAUGUUCAUUUUGGAAAACUGUGUUGGGCUUCAAGAAAUCACUAUUGAUCCAGCCAUGCCGUCAUCUUUUUUGCAUGAGCCACGAGAGCCCGAUGAGUUGGAAUACGAACAAGUUGGCAGAAGUAAUGCGAAGCAACAACUUGAACCAAUAAUCCCUCCUCACAUUACAUUUGCUAUCCUAUAGAUUCUUGUUAUUUUUUGAAAAAUAACGAUGCUGCUCUACACCACAGGGUUUUUCUGCAGGUCUUAUGCUGAACAUAUCAUUCUUUGACUUGGCUCAUAAUGCAUUGAACUCCAUUGGGUUCUUGGGAAACUUUGAGUGAGCUAUCAGCCUAUUACGUUAUGUACCUUUUACCAAUUGUAUUCGUUAUUUUAAGCUUCAUUUCAAGUUAUUCUUAAUACCUAAUCAUUCCUUAUUUGUCACAAUUACAGUCCAAGAGGGAACUACUUAACAUAAGCUGUAAAUUAUUAAUUGUUUAGGCUAUUUUUAUUUGUUCAUUUAUAGUACACAACUGGUCCCAAAGCUUUCCAGAAAGACACAUUUAAAAAUAACCCACUGGGCAACCCCCCAUUUUUAUCU